AUGUCCUCAUGGCAGGACCCAUGCCUUUUUCCUAUCCUCGCGGCAGAUGCUGCGCGCGACGGCUCUUGCAGUUGCUCCGAAGUCGAACUAGACGACGCAAUACUUGAAUUAGAGCUUCGCAACCGAGAGAUCGCGGAGUUGCUCCCACUUGUCAGGGCUUCCUGGUCAUUGGUUCUGAACAAGUUUUGUGAAGUGGACCAAGUGAGCUUUGGACUUAACCUGAACGCCGGAAACAUUCGCAGUGGCGCCUCAGCCGAAAGGACAGGUGCCUGUCAUGACGCAUCAUGCGCGAGCGUUUCGAUUACACCGGAGACGACUUUGGACGAAUUGAACCGCGGCGCGAACUCUCGAACCCUCCCGAUCCCCUCCCAGAGCAGAGAACUGUUCAACACCUCCUUGAAUAUCGUGAUUACAAAGCCAUGUGUGAUAUCGGACCUCUUGUCCCUAGCACGACCUACAGGCGAAAACGAAACGAACCCUCCCCCGGACUAUGUCCUGCAAUUUCAAGUGAAAAUACAUCAAGACACCAUCGAACUUGGCUUGAGGUAUGAGACACAUGUUUUAUCCGAAAAGCAGGCGCACGAUGUCGCCAGCACUAUUCAACAUGCUAUGAUAUGUCUUAUCAGGGCGCCAGGACACACCGUUGGGCAAACGAGCUUGACUAGUAAGCGCAACCACGACGACAUAGCGCGCUGGAACGAUGCCACAAUAUCCGAAUCUCGCAGGUUAAUCCACGAGAUCAUUUACGAGCGAUGCACGGAGGCCCCGUCGAGUCUAGCCGUGCGAUCAUGGGAUGGCGACCUCUCAUACCGGGAGUUGGAUUCGAUAUCGGAUCGAAUCGCGGCCCAUUUGGCCAGUCUCGGAGUUGUCGCAGGUGUUUUCGUUCCCGUCUGCUAUGAGAAGUCCAAAUGGUUUGUGGUGGCAGCUCUGGCGGUGCUGAAGACAGGUGGUUGCUACGUGCCCCUCGACCCAUCCAGUCCAAUCAAACGAUUACAUGGCAUCAUUCACGAAGUGAAGGCGAAUAUUAUCCUGACCUCGAGCAAGACGGCGGAACUUCUUCACGAAGUGGCAGACUGCGCACUCAUUCUCAACGAGACAACCUUCGCUAGUUUGCCAAAUCUCAGACUUGAACUCCCCCAACCGACCCCCGGUAGCGCCCCAGGAUACGCCCUUUUUACGUCAGGAAGCACCGGUGUACCAAAAGGGUGCCUGGUGAGCCAUGUGGCGUUUGCCAGUGUGGCCUCAUCCCAUAGUGAGGCCCUUGGGAUAGAACGGGAUAGUGGGGUUCUUCAGUUCGCAUCCGUCGGCUUUGGUAUGGGCCUAAUCGAGAUCUUCUGUACCCUUACCACAGGGGGAACCAUUUGCAUCCCAUCGGAUAGCGAACGAAACGCCGAUCUCGUUGGAGCUAUCAACAGGCUCCAAGCUACAUGGGCCAUCCUGACACCGUCGGUAAUCCAGACUAUCAACCACUUGGAGGUCCAAUGCCUUCGUACACUGGCAGUCGCAGGCGAGCCGCUCCCACGUAGUCUUGUCCCUGUCUGGGCAGCUCGGGUUCAGCUUAUCCAAGCCUAUGGGCUCACGGAAUGGGCCGGCAUCUGCGCCGUCUCCAGCGCUCUUGCCCCGUCAACUGGCAAUACCAACAUCGGUCGCCCUCCCAAUGCGCGCUUUUGGCUUGUGGAGCCAGGAGACCCCCAGAAGCUUGUACCUGUUGGUGCAGUAGGUGAGCUGCUCCUGGAGGGUCCUUGCCUGGCCUAUGGAUAUCUCAACCAGCCCGAGCAAACGGCGCGGGGAUUCAUUCCUCCACCGUCCUGGCGCAAGACCUUUCAAUCUCCACUUGCUUCACAGCGCCUCUAUCGAACAGGCGACCUUUUGCGAUACCGGGAAGAUGGGUGUUGCGACUACAUCGGCAGGACGGGGACGCAAGUCAAGAUUCGUGGCCAACGCGUAGAGCUAGGCGAGGUAGAGUAUCAUACUAGGCAGCAUUUCGAACAGGCCAAGACCGUGAUCGCGGAGAUGAUUCUCCCUAAAGGCGACAAGACUCCCAGCUUGGUGGCCUUUGUCUGCUUGCGCCCAAAAGACGCCCCCGUCAACGAUGUCCCAUACAUGGCGCCGCCGUCGGACUCCUUUCGAGCCAGUGCCCAAGCAGCCCACGCGUCGCUAUCUCCUAUCCUGCCGCGCUACAUGCUGCCUGACCUGUAUGUAGAGAUGACCCGGAUCCCCCUGACCGUCAGCGGUAAGAUAAGUCGCAAAGAUCUGCGUCAAAUGGGCGGCGAAAAAACAAGAGAAGAACUGAACAUGUACCUGGCCGAGCGGAAGGAGACUCGAAUGCCGCAAACCCAGUUGCAGCGCCUGCUGCAUGAAGUUUUCGCGAAAGCUCUCAACAAGGAUCCUGCUUCUGUCGGUAUCGACGACAACUUCUUUCGGCUAGGAGGAGACUCUAUUAUCGGAAUGCAAGCCUGUGCCUUGUGCCGCAAACAAAAAGUCACUCUCACCAUUCAGGAUAUCUUUCGGCACAGGACGAUAGCGGAACUGUCCAAGCACAUCCGAGUCAAAGACGCAGGCCAAGCACCCGAGCUAGAUGCAGUGAACCUAUCGGCUGCUCAGAAGGCAUUCCUGUAUUCCAACAAUCCCGACAACCGCAAUAGGGCCAACCAGCAGCUGGUACUCCGGCUCAGUGGCUCCGCAGAUGUCGACACGGUCCGUUACGCAGUGUCGGAUCUAGUCGAACGGCAUGCUAGUCUACGGAGCCGGUUCCGUCUAGACUCCCAGGGCAACUGGACGCAACACACGCAAAAGCACGGAUCCAUGGCGUUCGGGUUCCGCGCGGAACUGAUUCCGGAUAUCACAGCCAUUCCCGAUCUCAUUGCAGAAAUGGAAGCCAGCCUCAGUAUUGAGAACGGACCGCUUUUCACAGCUGCUCUGACAGAGUCCGAUAACCGUGACCGCCAUAUCGUUCUUGUCGCCCACUGCCUCGUCGUCGACAAGCCGUCCUGGGCGACCAUCUGCGGGGACCUGGAAAUGGUGCUGGAGGGCCAAGCGCAAUCACUCGACUCGACGCCUUCUUUCCGAUCAUGGUGCCAGACACAAAAGGAGCAAUCGCCAGCCUUGGACUUACUACGACACGCUGCCAACGCUCAUGAUGGCUUGGAUUCUGUCGACGACACCGUAUGGCAAGCCAAGCUUGACCUGGACGAACAGCUGACUCAGACGCUGGUGGGUAAAGCUAACCACGCCUUUCGUACUCAACCGGUCGACAUCUUUCACGGUGCACUACGUCACGCUUGCGGCAAGAUCCCGGACGCACCGGCUACGGCAUACUUCCUCGAGAUCCCAAGUCGUGGAACCUCCGAUGUGGAGACGUCAAACAUGGUCGGAUGGCUCAGCACAAUCAUUCCAGCGAAUGUCAUGAUGGGUAGUGGGAAUCAGGAUAUAGUCGACGUGAUCCGAGGGGCAAAGGACGCUCGCGUGCGCAAAGUGGUGUCUCAGCAUGACGGGGACAAGCGCGAUUUGAACAACGACCAGGGCCCCCAGCCUCUGACCGUCCUGCUGAGGUUUGACGCUGGCGACCCUUUGGCGGGGUGGCAAGGAAAGACCCUGGAGCGAGAGGAUCUCUUUGGCAACGACAUCGGCGUGUCAGCGUCUCCUCUGGCGAAGCUCGAAAUCGUUAUAGGUAUGGUGCAGGGCAAAGUGCGACUGACCUUCCGCUCACAACUCCCCGCGCUGUUCACGACUGUCGAGCAGUGGGUUGCCCAGCUGGACGCCUCGUUGCUGGAGGCGGCGGUCAAAUUGGUCAACAGCGACAGCGGAUAUACUCUGGCUGACCUCGCACUACCAUCCUUGAGCUAUGAGAAGCUGCAGGAGGCACUUCCAUGCGCCCCGAUGCAACAAGGAAUUCUCCUUUCACAGGCACGGGAUCCCAAGACGUAUCAGAUUCAAUCGAUCUGGAAGGCAACCCCUGCGCGCUCUCUUCCGGCUGAGCAGAUGUUGUGGCGCUUCCGGGAUGCCUGGAGACAAGUUGUGGAACGACAUGGCUUACUCCGCACGGUGCUGGUGGAGAGUCAGCUCAACGAGGGAGGCUUUGAUCAGGUUGUCCUUAAAUCAAUCGCUCCGAGGGUCGAUGGCAUCUGCUUGCCUCGAGGCGAUCCCUUCGCUGUCGUGCUCCGGCGUAACCUGGAGGCUGAAUUUACCGCGGAGGAGCCACCCCAUAAGCUGACGAUCUGCGUCACAGGGCACUCUAUCUACCUGGGCCUCAGUAUCAGUCAUGCACUUGUUGACGCGUCGUCAAUUUCCAUUUUAAUGCGCGAUUUGGGUCUCGCGUAUGACGGAUGCCUUCCCAAGGGACAAGGCCCGUAUUAUGGUAAAUAUCUUUCCUAUCUUCAGGGGUUGGAGAUCGACCAGUCCGCGAAGUUUUGGGCCAGCUAUCUCGAAGAUAUCAGUCCCUGCGUGCUUCCACAUCUCGAUUAUUGGAGUCCUGCGGUGGAGUAUAAACGGGAGCUGAAGACUGUAGAGUUUGAGAUGGCCCUGGUUGAAGACUUGGAACGGUUUUGCGCUCAGGAAGGCGUCACAAUUUCCAAUGUGUUCCAACUUGCUUGGGCCUUGGUGCUCCGCUGUUAUGCGGAAACAGAUGAUGUCUGCUUUGGAUAUCUCGCUGCUGGUCGCGAUAUUCCGGUUGAAGGCGUGGAGGAUGCGGUGGGACCUUAUAUCAACAUGAUGAUUACACGGGUUCAGUUCGGAAGCGGCCAGACUCUCAGGGAAGAACUACGGAAGACUUUGAAUAACUUCAUUGAGAGCUGUGCUCACCAGCAUGUGCCGCUCAGCCAAAUCCUCGGUUCCUUGAACCUAGCAGGGCCAUUGUUCAAUACGAUUAUCUCGUUGCGAAGGCCGUCUUCCCAUGGAGUGACGAGUGCGUCGUCACUGCAGUUAGAUAAUAUCUAUGAGAUUGAUCCCACGGAGUUUGAUCUUGCUGCCAACGUCCAUGUAUCUCCGAAGACGGUCCACGUUUCGAUAUCUCACUGGACCUCCACAUUGUCGACGGAACAAGCGCAAAAUUUCGCAUUUACCCUGCAGAAGGCCCUAAGCACUAUUCUCAGCCACGUCGAUUGUGCCCCAGAGCAGCUCGACCUCUUUAGCGAGCAAAACCAUGCUCUUGUCCAAAGGCUAAAUUCUCAAGCGCCUGGGCGAGUAGCCGAUUGUGCACACCAUCUGUUCAGUCGACAGGCUGAAGCUCAGCCCCAAGCUCCGGCUGUCUGCGCUUGGGAUGGCGACCUCACGUAUAGCGAGCUCGAUCGUCUUUCGUCCCUGCUCGCCACAGGUCUAGCUCAGCACGGAGUAGGGCCCGAGACGUUUGUUCCUAUCCACUGUGAACGAUCAAAAUGGGUCUUGGUGGCCAUCAUGGCCAUCGCGAAGGCUGGGGCAGCAUUCGUUCUGCUCGAUCCAUCCCACCCCCCGAGUCGACUGCGUGCGAUCUGCGACGACGCACGAGCAGCGACAAUCAUCUCCUCCGAGACUCUGUUCCCCAUUAGUGAACAACUCGUGCCAUCUGUGAUGGUGGUCGGGAACAACGCCGCCAACGUAACUGCCUUUGCUGCUCCAGCUGUUCCCGAUACGAGCGUUCGGCCAUCCAAUGCUCUAUACGCUGUCUUCACGUCCGGUUCCACUGGUAACCCUAAGGGAGUUGUUAUCGAGCAUUCCACGUUCUGCACCAGUGCGCAGGCCCAUGGAGGGAUCAUCGCCCUCGGGCCAACAUCUCGUGUCCUGUCGUUCUCAUCCUUCGCGUUUGACGUGUGCAUUGCCGAGCUGCUGACCACACUUUGUUACGGUGGCUGCGUAUGCGUCCCUUCAGAGGACGAGCGCCUCAAUGACUUGUCUGGCGCGAUCAACCGCCUGAGGGCCAACACCGCUUGUAUCACUCCCACGGUCCUUCGGAUCCUUGACGCCAAACAGGUCCCCAGUCUGCGCACCGUCGUCCUUGCCGGAGAACCUAUUGCCCAGGCCGACGUCGACGCCUGGGCCGAGCAAGCGACCUUGAUGAACGCGUUUGGGCCGGCGGAGUGCUGCAUCUACUGCGUCAUACAACCGAACAUCGAUUCUCACUCCGACCCGCGGAACAUCGGGUACGGUGCAAACUGUCUCCCGUGGGUGGUGGACCCGAAUGACCACGAUCGACUCGCUCCGGUAGGCACUGUGGGCGAACUGCUGAUCGAGGGGCCAUUAGUGGCGCGCGAGUAUCUGCACCAGCCUGAAAAGACCGCGGAAGCAUUCAUACAACCUCCGGAAUGGCGCUCCAGCUUCCCGGUCCGUCAGGCCGGCCGGCUCUACAAGACCGGUGACCUGGUCCGAUACGGCCCCAAGGGUACCUUGCGCUUCGUGGGACGAAAGGGUACGCAGGUCAAGAUCCACGGACAGCGGCUGGAGCUGGCCGACGUGGAGCACCAUCUCCGACAACAUGUUGGGCAGUCUAUCGAUGUGCUAGUCGACGUAGUACCCUUCGACGGCCGCGUCGACCAUCCGACCCUGACUGCGUUCUUCAAACCCCGUCACGGCCAGGGUUCCGGCGGCCUGUCGGCAUUCAUGGCUGAUCUUCCGUCCAUGGUUUCGAGCCUGAAAGCCCGCCUCCGGAGCUCUCUGCCUCAGUACAUGGUGCCCAUGGCGUAUAUCCCACUCGAGAACUUUGCCGUCGGCAAGACACACAAGACCGACCGAACCAAGCUGCGUCAGUUGGCCAUUGAGAUGCGACAGAAGGAGGUUGCCACCGGGGGCCGCGAGGAGAAGCGGCCACCACGCACAGAAGCAGAGCGAAAGCUGCAGAACCUGGUGGCGACGGUGUUGAAUCUUCCCACGGACCGCGUUGGGCUCGACGACAACUUCUUCAUGCUCGGCGGUGAUUCGGCCUACGCCGUUAGACUCGUUUCCCUCGCACGGCAAGAGGAGCUGCAGCUGUCAGUAAAGGACAUUCUACGGCAGCCCCUACUAAAGGAUCUCGUCGCCCACGAAGAAGACAACGCUACGUCUCCCUCUACUUCACCUAAUGCUGACGACGAGGCGACUGAAGUGCCCACUGCCGCGGCGCCGUCCCCCUACGGGCUUCUGAAUGUCGAUGACACUGACGCGUUCAUUGACAAGGUCGUCGCACCCAAGAUGGGCGUACCCGCCGAGCAAAUCCAGGAUGUCCUUCCCACCACCGACUUCCAGGCCGAGUGCAUCCUCGACUGGCCCUUGACCUAUUUCCUCGUCACCAUGCACGGUGCCCUCGACAAGGCGCGCCUUCGAGCCGCUUGUCAGUCCCUAGUUGAACGGCAUGAGAUCUACCGUACAGGCUAUGUUCGUGACGGACCGCAUGUCCGGCAGGUGGUGCUGAAGCAGAUGCCCGUGCCACUCUUCGAGUAUACCGGGAAUCCUGAGGACGACCUGGACGCUCUCUGUGAGACCGUAUGCCGCGCAGACUCCCGUCGUGGCCUACCUCUGGGCCACGUUCCCACGCAAUUCACUCUAUUCUCUCACGGCGAUCCGAACUACCACAUUCUCGCGCUGCGCUUCUCUCACGCCCAAUACGACGGGUUCUGUUUGCCCUUGAUUUUCAAGGAUCUGGCGGCCUUAUACGAGGACAGUGGCUCUCUCGGUCCCGUGACUAAUUUCUCGACCUAUAUCCACCAUCUCGCAUCACAGGGGACCUCUGACGCUCAGACCUUCUGGCAACAGACUUUGAAGGGCUGUUCGCCUCCCACGAGUCUCCGCCACCUGUCCAUGGGCACACCCGACCAUGAUCGCCAGGAUUCGCUUGUCGAACUCACGCGUGAAGUUGGCGCUCCCACCCCGCCCGCCACCAUCACUAUCGCCAGCUUGAUGAAGAGUGCCACGGCGCUGCUCUUAAUGCGCCUGACCAGCGAGACCGAUCUGGUCUUCGGCCAGGUCGUCAGCGGACGCAACACGCCUCUCGCCGGCGUCGAAAGUAUCCUCGGAGUCUGCGCCAACAUCGUCCCGGUGCGCGUGCAAAGCCACGCGAAAUGGACGGUGCUGGAUCUCCUCCAGAGCGUCCAGGCACAGCACAUCGACGCGCUGGACCACGAAACGCUCGGUCUCGGUGCGAUCCAAAGGAAUUGUACCGCGUGGCAGGAGGGCACGAAGCUAGGUUGUUUAAUCCAGCAUCAGAACCUGGACCUGAAGCCCGAGUUCUCGCUGGGUGGGGUAGAGUGCACGACGCGUAUCUUUGGCGGCGAGUUCAAGCGCGAAUUCUUGCAUAUCUGCACGCUGCCUCGCGGGAACCGCCUCGUGGUUCAGCUCUUCGCUCCGGAGGGUCUGCUGCGUCCGGAGGCUUGUCAGAGGGUGUUGGAUCAGCUGUGUGAUACGGCGGCGUGGUUGGCGAGCCACCCUCAUCAUUUGUUGACGGAGUGUCCUAAUUCUGUUCUUGCUAAUUAG